UCCCGGACUGGCCUCACCAUGCACUGCGCUGGCCUCCUCCUCCUGGUGAGGCUCCUCACCUUCUGGGCUGAGCUCUCACCCGGUUCUGGCCAGGGGACUCCAGUAGACAAGGCGGGGACAUGCCCUGCACUGAUUCAAUGGCCGGACCAGAUGUGUGGCCGCUUCUGCUCCACGGAUCGCAGCUGCCCGGGGCAGGAGAAGUGCUGCAGGACCAGAUGUGCACACGAAUGCCGCCUUCCUUCUGAAUCCAUCGGAGGCUAUUGCCCCAAGGUGACCCUUCCACCGAACACGUCUACAAUCUGUCUGGCACGGUGCAGCACCGAUCAGAGCUGCAGAGAGAACGGCCAUCCUGGGAAGAAGUGCUGCUCUUAUGGAUGUGAGCUGAGGUGUACGGAACCCGUGGAAGAGCACCCUGGCGUGUGCCCCAAGAACGAAGUGGUUCAGACCCUUGUCCCCUGCAACGAUACCUGCAGGGAUGACCGAAACUGCCCCCUCCGCCAGAAGUGCUGCUUCACCAGGUGCAGCCUCGGUUGCUUGGACUCAGUCCGCAGCGAACGAUGCCAGUUGCCUCCAGAGACGGGGCCCUGCAGACAAAAACUCCAGCGUUACUACUACAACCACGAGCAAAAGAGAUGCCUGACGUUUGUCUACGGUGGCUGCCCCGGCAACGGCAACAACUUUGAGACCGAGAAAGCCUGCCAGGAGGCCUGCGGGAAAAUCAGUCCAGAGGUCUGCAAACUGCCCAUGGACUCAGGUCCGUGUUUGGCCCACAUGGAGCGCUACUAUUACGACAGAGCCAGCAGGACGUGCAAGAAGUUUGUGUACGGGGGCUGCAGGGGUAACGGCAACCGGUUCUCCUCCAAGACAGAGUGCAUGAUGGUCUGUGGAAAUCGAGGCAAAGGCUAAGAAAUCUCUCUCUGGAAAAGCCAACCCACCGCACUGCGAAUCACUCACUCUUUUCAUCCCAGGACAGCCAGAAUCCCCAAGGCAACUACAAAGCCUCUGGCCCUCCCUUCCUCUCUUGGCCUUUCUCAAGGCACAUGUAACCAUCUGCUUUUCCUGCAAUAAAUACGUUUGUUUUC